GUUCUCUCUCUUUUUCUUUUCCCAAAUAAGUUUCAAACAAAAAAAGAUUUUCUAUUCUUUGCCACCAUGACAUCAUUAUCUGCAACCUUCAAGUCUUCAAGUGAAGAGUUGAUCAGGUCUCAGCAAUCAAAUUGACAUACAUCCAACUAUCCGGAGGACAUUAUUAUCACUCUUUCCCCCCUUUCGUAUUCACCUGCUCUUACUUCGAGCUUCAAACACCCCGAAUCAUUCCUUCCAAGGUUCUCAAGUCUAGACCCAUCACGUGUACCUACCCUAAUGCUCCCAUCGUCAUCGUUCGUCCCGGAACAACCUUUUCCCCAACACCACAUCGUCAUUGCUUGGGCUCUCCGUUUGAAUAGACUAGCACAAGGCAACUGCUCCUCCUCGUAAGCUUGGCUUCACUACAUAACAACCUCGCUCUGUCUCUCUGCAAUUUCUCACUUCUACCCCAAAAUCAACUCUUCCGUUAAACAAAAGUCACCACCAAACGAUCCCUCAAAAUGUACAUCCCAACCCCCCAAAGCAUCCUCACAGCCGGCCUCGCCCUAACCGGAACCCUCACCAAACCAUCCGAAGUCACCUCGGGCUCCAUAAUGGACUACGCGCUCGAAACCUGCCUCGACAAAGACGGCAACCAGCGCUGCACGUCCCCCUUCCUCGUCACGAAAUCAACCUGCUACAAGAUCUCCUGGACCACCGAAGGCGCCGUCAGCCACACCACGGUGGAAGUGCGGGACGCGGGGAGCGACGAGUUGGUGUAUUAUCGCGAUACGGAUGGGGAGUGGACGCCCGAGAAGGGGGAGCUGGUUUAUAUGGAUUUUAAGCCCAAGGUGUGGAAGACGGGGAAUGAUACUGUCGAGUAUAAGGUUGUUACUUGUGAGUAGGGAGGUAGGAGAGGAGAGGAGAGGAGAGGAGAGGAGAGGAGAGGAGAGAGGAGGAGAGAGGAGGAUGGGGUUGUUGAUACCUUUCUGCUUGUAAUUUUAAUCUGGGCUUAGGGGAUAGGUUAUGGCGUGGUAAUGAAAAAAUUGAAGCUGGGCUU